AUGCGCAGUAUGGAUCAGUACGUCAGUAAACUCGCCUAUGUAAAUUGUCGUGAGGAUCUCACCAGACACCUUCACAGAUUAUACUUCCACAAGCAGGUGUAUUACACGCUCGGUGUGCAGCAUCCUCACAUAGAUAACCCUGACCAGCGUAUAACACAGGAUGUGGAACGCUUCUGUCGGGAACUCAGCUCUACUGCAAGCAAAGUCCUGAUCGCUCCCUUCACUCUGGUGUAUUAUUCAUAUCAGUGUGCACUCAGCACUGGCUGGAUGGGUCCUGUCUCUAUCUUUGGAUAUUUUCUUGUUGGAUCGUUUCUGAAUAAGGUGCUGAUGAGUCCCAUUGUGCCAACACUUGUACAACAGGAGAAACUAGAAGGCGAUUUCAGGUUUAAACAUGUUCAGGUUCGUGUCAAUGCAGAAGGUGCCGCUUUCUACAGGGCUGGCCCAGUGGAACACUCUCGCACAGACAGGCGACUCCAACAUCUCAUCCUUACACAAAAGGAUUUGAUGUAUCGGGAACUCUGGUUAUAUCUUGGCGUGAACACCUUUGAUUACUUGGGUAGUAUCCUGAGUUAUAUCAUCAUUGCUGUCCCUAUCUUCACUGGAGUUUAUGGGGACUUGAGUCCGGCUGAACUGAGUGAGCUUAUUAGCAAAAAUGCGUUUGUAUCAAUUUACCUGAUCAGCUGCUUCAGUCAAAUCAUCGACUUAUCCAGUAGCUUGUGUGAUAUAGCUGGUUAUAUACACAGGCACACACCCUCUGUCUCUUCAAUAGCACUGACACGCCUUCUUUCCCUAGGUUGGGUUGAUGAAAACAGGAUUCUGAAGUCUCUGGACCUGGCUGGGCUGUCUUCUUUGGCAAAUAGAACCGGCGGACUGAACAAAAAUGUGGACUGGAAUUGGUCUGAAGUCCUUUCUCCUGGAGAGAUUCAGCGUUUGGCCUUCACACGACUAUUCUAUCUCCAACCUAAAUGCGCAGUGUUGGAUGAGGCGACCAGCGCUCUCAGUGAGGAUGCCGAGGGCGAGCUGUACAGAGUCUGCAGGCAGAUGGCCAUGACAUUGGUUAGUGUGGGACAUAGACGUAGUCUUCAGGAGUUUCAUGACUGGGAAUUGAAACUUGAGGUUGAUGGACAGUGGGAACUGAGACGCAUAAGAAAGACGGUGAUCGAAUAACAUAUGGAAGUUUAUGCAAUGUAAUUGGGGCAACUCUGUGAACUAGGAAUGAAGGCAUUUAAGGGCUGCCAUGUAGUUGUUAAACUCAAGUAAACCAGAAUGAAGCUGAGGGUGGGUGUCCUUGGUCAAGUCAAGUAGACCAGUGCUGAAGGCAACUCAUGGAAACAAAGGCUGAAGUUGAGAGUGAUUGUUUUUAGUUAAAUUGAUAAAACCAAUGCUGAAGACGAGAGUGGGUUGUCAUGUAAUUGGACAACUCAAGUAAACCAGUGCUGAAGAUGAGGGUGUGGUGCUAAGUCCUUGGUUAAAUUGAUAAAACCAGUGAUAAUGAUGAGAAUGGGUUGCAGUGAAAUUGGUCAACUCAAGUAAACCAGUGGACCAUGGCUUAAGACAUGGGUCAUGUGCAUGUGAUUGGUCAACUCAGAUAAACAAGGGGUUUCAUCUAAAGGGGAGGAGAGUCCACAGCUUCAUUCAUUACUU